CUAAUAGAGAAAGGAUCAGGUGGUGUGAGUAAAUUAAACUUAAGACUUUAUACUCUUUAACAACACUGUUACUCAAUUUCGAAGUCUAUUUUCCUCAAGCAAACCGCUUCCAUGAACGACGGCGGAGCUAAUGCGCCGCCGAUGCAACCGGCCUCGAACGGCGGCGGAGAAUUUUUGCUCUCUUUGCUCCGUAAUCACCAAUCCCAACAACAAUCGCCGCUUCAUCAACAACAACAACCGCCCCAAUUUCCAAUUCCGAUUCCGAUGACUCCGUCACACCACCAACAACAGCAACAAACUGUGAAUUUAGAUCCAGCUGUAGCAGCAGUGGGGCCGAGCAUGUCUUAUCCGACGUCAAUUUGGCAAUCUAACGGCCGUGAUGUUCUGUCUUCUCCGUCUACCUGGUCUCACAAUUUUUCACCGCCUAAUUUACUUCCCGGGUUGCUUGGAUACUCGACCCAAAACCAUCACCAGCAUAACCCUUGGCAAAAUAAUUUUUACCAAGGGAGUAGUCAGGGCGGCGUGUUUGGCAGCGGCGAUGAUAUUCAGAGGUUAGGGUUUUCAAGUGGUAAUAAUACAAUUCACAAUCAGCUUGAGCAAAAUUUACAGUUUGGUUCUUUUAAUACUGAUAAUCAAACACCUGAGAGUUUGCAUUUAAAUGCAAAGCUCAAGGAACUGGAAUUUGAAUUAGGGAUUAGAAACUUAAAUGGAUUAGAAGGUAAUCAUCAAUUUGAUUCUCAAUUGAGGUCGAAUUUACGAGCUUUUGAUCCACGCGAGCAGGGAAGGAAUCCCCUUGGAGGCACUUAUAGGUCACAGGAAAGUAGAAUGCCCCCGCCCGGGUUUAGUAGUAUGUCUAGAGGAGGAGGAGGUGGAGGAGGAGGAGGGGGAAACUGGGAUUUUGCGACUAGAAGCGGAGAUUUUAAUCAUAAUGUAAAUAAGGAAAAGGGGAAUUUUAGUGAAUUGAGUAAGAGGAAUGCCUAUUUAAGUGAUAAUAGGAGUUUAAGAGAUGGUGAUGGCUUACGAGAUUUGGGGUUGACUGUACAACUUGAUCGCCCUGGCCCUCCUGCAGGGAGUAAUCUACAUUCUGUUUCAGCGUUCGAUAUUGAGGAAUCUUUACUGAAUUUGGAUGCUGGAAGAGUUGAAGAUAGGAUUGAUGAAGGUGAUGAAUUGGAUGGUGUUGGUGAAGAGCUUGUUGAUUCUUUAUUGCUAGAAAGUGAAUCUAAUGGAAAUAUUGACAAGAAACAAAUUCGUCCUCCUCGCGAUAAGGAAUAUCGAUCAGAUAACAGGGGAAAACGGAUACUUAGCCAAAGGAUGAGAAUGCUGAAAAGACAGAUGGAAUGUCGCAGAGACAUAGAUAGGUUUAAUGUUCAUUUUCUUGCUAUUUAUGAAUCACUAACACCCCCAGAAGAGGAGAUUUCAAAGCAGAAGCAAUUAUUAACAUUAUUAGAGAAAUUAGUCAACAGGGAAUGGCCUGAAGCUCGGUUGUAUCUUUAUGGUUCAUGUGCCAAUUCGUUUGGGGUUCUGAAGAGUGAUAUUGAUGUUUGCCUUGCCAUUGGGGAUGCAGAUGUUAACAAAUCUGAGGUGUUGUUAAAGUUGGCAGAUAUAUUGCAAUCAGAUAAUCUCCAGAAUGUGCAGGCAUUGACGCGAGCAAGGGUUCCAAUAGUGAAGCUUAUGGAUCCAGUGACUGGAAUCUCCUGUGAUAUAUGCAUAAACAAUGUCUUGGCUGUUGUAAAUACCAAGCUUCUUUGGGAUUAUGCACAAAUCGAUGUGAGGGUAAGGCAGUUGGCUUUCAUUGUGAAACAUUGGGCUAAGUCAAGAGGAGUUAAUGCAACUUAUCAAGGAACCCUAUCUAGCUAUGCGUAUGUAUUAAUGUGCAUUCAUUUUUUACAGCAGCGUAGACCUGCUAUCCUUCCUUGCCUACAGGGUAUGGACACUACUUACACUGUCAAUGUUGAUGGCAUUGAAUGUGCUUAUUUUGAUAAAGUGGAAAAACUUCGUGGUUUUGGAUUCCGUAACAAGGAAACAAUUGCUCAGCUGGUGUGGGCCUUUUUUAGUUAUUGGGCAUAUCGUCAUGAUUACUCAAAUGAUGUUAUAUCAGUUCGCAAAGGAGCCCUCAUCAGUAAACAUGAAAAGGACUGGACAAGGAGAGUCGGGAAUGAUCGACAUUUGAUAUGCAUAGAGGACCCUUUUGAGACAUCGCACGAUCUGGGUAGAGUAGUCGAUAAGUACAGCAUAAAAGUUUUGAGGGAGGAGUUUGAACGGGCUGCAAAUAUCAUGCAGUAUGAUCCGAAUCCGUGUGUGGCGCUUUUUGAACCUUAUGUUCCUAGUUGAUCUACGUUUGCUUGCUCGAUAGGCAACUAGAUUAGAUGUAAUCAUAAUUAAGUUAAACUGAGCUUGUAAAGGCCUUUUUUUUGUCAUUUUCAUAUAUCCUUUUCCUUUUUCCGUUUAUAUGCCGGGCUCUUGCUAUGUUUUCUAUUUAGGGUGUUUGGUUCUCUCACAACAAGUGAUGUCCGAUUCGUUUUAUUUAUUUUUUAAUUAUGUAAAGUACAGUUUUAGUUAUGAGAUUUUGAAAGCUGAUUAAUUCAGCAAAACCUGUUGAUGAAUCAAGACCCACAAAGUCUUGCUUUUUGAUA